GAGCGCUGUUAAACAAAAAUGUCAGAAUCAACAAGGAACGACGUAUUUUGACUGCGUGCUAAUUACUAAAAAUUUGUAAAUUACUUUUGUAAAUGUGUAAAUAUCUUGUUUGUUUUACAAGUAUAAAUCAAGUGCCGUAGAUUGGUGAAUAAAUUAAGCAUGUGAGUGGAUGUAUCGUUCCACAAUUGUUUAUUGUGCAGUCGUCAAUCGAGUUCACGUGAAUUAGUGUUACAUUACAACGAAAACGAAGCAGGCAGACGACUUUAUUGCCAAGUUUCUCAAUAGACAUGGUAGUUCGCUGGGCGAACCUCUCAUUGUACGAGUAGAAAACCACCAUGGGUCAACAGACUUCAAGGAAGAGCGGCGAGUGCACAUGCGGUUGCGGCGCGUGGGAGCGGCGCCGCUACGCUGAGUCGCCGAGCAGCGUGCACCGCUACGUCAGCGCCGUCACCGACCGAUGGAGCGGGCGCGAGUGCGCGUGCCGCCGGCGGCGCGCGGCGUGCGUGUGCACCGCCUACCGCCGCGUCAGCGAUCCCGAGCCCUGUCCCGACGACAGACUGGCCGCGGUACUGACGCUUGGAGCCAGGGACCUGCGGCGCGAGCUGGACGCUAUCGUCAUAAACGAAGACGGUGACGCUUUUCGUCGUACCAACGGCGAGCCCACAGCCGAGGUUUACGUGUUAUCCGUCGCGCCUCGAACGGCGGACGGAGAAGCGUCUUCGGAGCGCCGCAGCGACCUGGCUCAGCCGGCGGACGGCUCCAUCCGACUGCAUCCGCAUUUCCAGGUGGUGUGUGGCGAGGAAAUCCGCGCGUUGUUGUUACGCGCGCACGCCGCGCCGCAGCCGCAACCGCCGGCUAAAGUGCACACCCAGGUGGACUACAUCCAUUGUCUGGUGCCGGACCUUCAGCAAAUCACGGCGUGCUCGUUCUACUGGGGCAAGAUGGAUCGCUACGAGGCGGAGCGGCUGCUGGACAACAAGCCCGAGGGAACCUUCCUCCUCCGCGACUCGGCGCAAGAGGAGCACCUAUUCUCCGUCUCGUUCCGCAAGUACGGGCGCUCGCUUCACGCGCGCAUCGAGCACUAUCAGCAUCGGUUCAGCUUUGAUUCGCACGACCCCGCUGUGUUCGCCGCGCCUACUGUCACUGGGCUCAUCGAGCAUUAUAAGGACCCGGCGUGCGUGAUGUUCUUCGAGCCGAUGCUGACGGCGCCGCUCCCGCGCGCGGCGCCCUUCCCGCUCCAGCAGCUGGCCCGAGCUGUGAUUGUCUCGCACACCACCUACGACGGUGUGGAGAAGCUGCCUCUCCCUCUCCGCCUGCGAGCAUACCUCAAGGAGUACCACUACCGGCUGCGGGUGCGCGUGCGCCGCCUUGAGCCCGACCUCUUCCCGCCGCACUGCUGAGGCGCCGCCUGCGCGCUGCCGCACUGCCAGCGCGCCGCGCUGUGGCGCUGACACAACCGCUGUCUGCUGUCCAGGCACGCUGGACACACUGAGUUGACGGUGUUGGACUGGCUGGCUAGACACUGUGUUUAAACUGGCGCUGGACUGUGUUAAUGAGUGAUAACUGUGCAAUUGAGUGAUUACUGAGUGACUUAAUGAUUACCCCUUGUGCGACUUAGUGACAACCCCUUGUGCGACUUAAUGACAAUCCCUUGCGCGACUUAUAAGUCGUCUAUAGACAACCCCCUGUGCGACUGAAUGAGUGAGUGACAUAACACCUGUUCCCGCCGCACUGCUGAGGCGCCGCCUGCGCGCUGCCGCACUGCCAGCGCGCCGCGCUGUGGCGCUGACACAACCGCUGUCUGCUGUCCAGGCUGUCUGAGAAGACAGUGCUCGACUGGAUGGCUAGACACUGUCUAUAAACUGGCGCUGGACUGUGUUAAUGAGUGAUAACUGUGCAAUUGAGUGAUUACUGAGUGACUUAAUGAUUACCCCUUGUGCGACUUAGUGACAACCCCUUGUGCGACUUAGUAAUAACCCCUUGUGCGACUUAAUGACAAUCCCUUGCGCGACUUAUAAGUCGUCUAUAGACAACCCCCUGUGCGACUGAAUGAGUGAGUGACAUAACACCUGUUCCCGCCGCACUGCUGAGGCGCCGCCUGCGCGCUGCCGCACUGCCAGCGCGCCGCGCUGUGGCGCUGACACAACCGCUGUCUGCUGUCACGGAGUGCCAGCAGCUGUGGGAAAACUACGCUGGACUGGCUGGCUAGACACUGUCUAUAAAGUGGCGCUGGACUGUGUUAAUGAGUGAUAACUGUGUGACUUAGUGAUAACCCCUUGUGUGACUGACGGACAACUCCUUGUGCGACUUAUAGACAACCCCUUUCGCGACUUAUAGACAACCCCUUGUGCGACUUAUCUGUAGUGCUCUGUCAGCCCUGUGUGAAUGAGUCAAAACAGGCCAUGUAACUGACAGAUUACUCCUUGUGUAAAUGCUGAAAACCUGCUAUACAACUAACUUAUAAUUACUAACUACUCUUACUUAUUUUUAACUACUUGUGUCUGACUGACUGACUGAUGAAUAACCCCUUGAAUGAAUGACGAGUAACCCCUUGUGUGACUUACUGAUAACCCCUUAUGUGAGUGACUGACUGAUAUUAACCCCUUAUAAAAUAGAUCGAUAACCCCCCUGUGUGAAUGUGAUUUUUCGUGGGGGUUCACCCCUUUCGUUAAGGACUAACUGGACUAACAACAGUGGACUGUAGAACCAGCGCAACGUAUUGCUUGCUAGCAAUGUGCGACAGUGAUUCAGCGAUGCAGUGUACAGUGACAGUAGUGCCACCAAACCCACGUGUGUGACUUACGAUGGCUGGCACAGUGUUAAAGUGCGAUGUUAAAGAAUAGUGACUAAAACAGUUCAACAUUAAUAUAUGGAGUAUCGUUGACCUAUGCAUAAGUCAACAAAUCUUUUUUGUGUCUGGUUUUGUGACACUCGAAUGGUGUUGAAGUUUAGUAUCUCAUCAUAUCACCAAGGCGUUCAGCAAAAAACAAGAUCUACCAAUAGGGUGACAGUACUAAACUGGGAUAUGGAAGAAUGGAAUCCCCAAACGUAUGGUACAUGGACCCAUCAUAACAGUAUCUUCAGUGACAGAAGUAUUAUGCAAUUUGGUGCCAUAUUGCUGACACAAAAAGAGCUACAUUAGACUAGCAGUGAAACUGGAGUAAAUAUACUUCAAAUCAGUGGGCCAAUAAUAGCCUGAGCUUAUAAAAAUGGAUACUACGGGACUAUUCCCACCGCUGCAACUCCUGUGUAGCCAGGAUCUACAGCUUGGCCGCCGAUAACCCAACCAGUGAAGGUCAAGUUUGUCCUGGGGGGAAAUGGACACUAACAACAGUAUAAAUUAUCGUUGAUAAUCAGUAAGGUACUUGAAAAUACCUAUUCCUGCUAAGAUAUUGGUUAAUCUCAGUUUAUCAAGAGAAAUUAUGAACAGCUGUUGGGAAUUUGAACUGCGCACGGAUAAUAAAGAACAUAAUGAGCCUUGCUCAAUUUACCAUGAGUAUUAUACUAUUUAAAAUAUUCGUUUGGCCAUUAUAACAUAGAUAGAGUGUGCCUACCGUAUGAUGAUGUUGAAAUAUCGGAUGAAUUAUCGAAGUGAGUUAUGAGAAACACAGUAUUCUGUGUUAAUGAAAAGUGAUUUGAAAGUGAUUUAGAAAUUAACGAAUAAAUUGUAGCUCAAUAUAAAAAUGUGUCAUAAAAAUUUAAAUAGACGUUACAUUGAAGAAACUACUUGUAAAUUGGUAAGACCGUCCUUCGUACGUUGGUGAGACAAUUCAGUAAUAUUAACGGAUAAAUCAUGGUAAAAUCAAUACAAAUAUACUAAACUACGAGAAUAUUAUAAUGUGUGUAUAUUAACAGAGGAUAUAGUAAAUAACUAUAUUUUAUACUAGUGUAAUGGAUAUGUACAUAAGACUAUGUACAGGCAAGUGUUUGCUUGUGAAGUUAAAGUGUCAUUAAAUUUAAUUUUUUAUAAGUUAGCAAAAUUAUUUGUCUAAUUCUGUGCCUUUCAUAAGUCUCAUAUCUUCAAAGGGCUUAGUGUGAGUUUACAUCAAAAACCGUCACUAGUGAGCUUGUUAAUAAAAAUUAUGAAGAUUUAAGUUCUUGAAAGUUUCCGCUAGGGGCGCUGUACAAUCCGUCAUACAUUUAAUGUCACUUUUAUACGCAGCGACAUCGAAUGCGUUUGACGUAAACUUACGCUACGCCCCCAUUUCAUUAACAUUUAACGAUCAGCGCUUCAAAAUAGAAUGUUACAUUAUCUUAUAGUCUGAGUAGGCGCACACCGUUGAUUUUUCGUCGGCCGAUAGUUUAGUCGGGCAGUUGAUCAGUAUGGGCAUGUAUGGGAGUGCGCACACUACGCCGAUUCGAUUUGGCCGAUUCUUCAUACAAAUUAAAAUCGGGCAUAACUAUCGGCCAACUAAAAAUCAACGGUGUGCGCCUACUCUAACUGUAUAAUUAUUAUUGUAUUUUUAUUUUGUGUAAUUGUUUAAGACCAGCUUACAUAAACCGCUUUCACAUUGGGGCGUUAGAUGCGCGACAGUGGUUUUUUUUAUGAUGUAAAGGCAGACAUCCACUGCCGUAUUUAAAGUAGUAUGAAAUUCAGCAGUGUCUCUGUCGCGCGUUUGUCGCGCUGAUGAAUUCGCCUGAAUGUGAAAGCGUUCUUACAGUCUUAUUCUGUAUUUGAAACGAUGAUUCAAGCCUUUGAUUGGUCUAAAUAUCAAAAUUCAACCAAUCUCAGGUCCGAACCUUGGCAAGCAUCGUUUUAGAAUAACGCUCGUAUUCACAAACAUUACUAUGAGGUCGCACAGUGCGCGUGGACGCACAGGUUGACUCGAACCAAUAUUUUUAAUGCUGUGUGUUUGAUUUGUUGCUUCACUUAAGCAAGAAUCGUUUGUGAAUACGGGCGCAAGAGCCUUUAUAAAGUAACUCUGGGUCUAAACAUAUUUUUUGUACUUGAAGCAUCGAUUAAGGAUUUGCCACACUUAGUGCGGUCUACGGUCAUGUUUGAACCACGUUAUCAAUCGCUAUGCAUCUUGUAUUGAUGCGAUCUGAAAGUGCGGGCACGAGCAAAGAACGCAAACUGACAGGUGCGGGCUGCGUUCAUCUGACCUGUGGCCUAAUUCACGUAUUUUGACAGUCAAGAUCUCGCUGACGUUCAGAAGUCGUCCGAUUGAAAAACAGUUCUAAAUCCGUAUUUACAAGGGUCAUUUUGAUAGAACGAUUACUCGAUAGGAUCGCAACUAUUGUUUUGUUGUCGUCGUGAAUAAGGCUACUGACCUCAGAUCACAAUAUCUAGUGUGACAAAUGCUUUAUAUUUAAGGAAUUUCUACCCAACCAACAGACUAACGCCCGUAUUCACAAACAUUACUAUGAGGUCUCACAGUGCGUGUGGACGCACAGGGUGACACUUGAACCAAUCGCAGAGCUUUUCAACGCUGGGCGUUUGAUUUGUUGCUUCACAAGCAAGCAUCGUUUGUGAAUACGGGCGUAAGACCAUUUGAUACGGUUAUGGUAUGGUUUUCAACUUCUCUGUCUCUGUAUUUAAGUUACUGUAUCUCUCUCACUCACACAUGAGAUGAUAGCAUGAGACAGAUAGAUGAAAAACGAUUACCCAUAUCCCUACCCCAAAACUGCUAAGACGUUGUCCUCUUACUAAUAAAACUAACAGAUUGCUUUAUAAUUUUGUCUCUUUCUUUAUAAUUUCCAAAGAUAGACACAACAUUAAAAGCUGCUGAUGUAUUUUGAAAUUCUUCGAGUAAGCAAAAAAGACUCAUGUCUUUGCGAAUUGUAAUUAAAAAAUACGUCUCAUUAUUUUAUUAGUGAGAGAUAUUUAAUUAUACUGGAUAAUAGUGUAUUUAAUUAAAUAAUCUUACGGCUUGGAAAUCAAGAAUAUAGCUGUCUCUUUUCAACCCAUAUUAUAUGAAAAGGUCAGCUAUAUUGAUUGAAAAAAGUCGACAAACUUGUUUUAAGUUAUGUUCUAAGAAAGAGAAAACAUUUACUAAAGUAAAAAUGUAUUUUUUUUUCAUUUUUUAAUGUAUUUUGUAUUAAUCAUGUUUCAAAAUUGUCUUGGGAGCCAUCAACUAUAAGUAUUUGUACAUAUUGUAUGUAAACGUUAAGUUUGAGCGCCUAGCGAGGUGUUGUUAUGUAUUUUGUGCCUGGACACUAUAUUUGGAGUUUGGAAACAUAAAAUCUUUAAGUUUUACUUUACAGAAGUCAGAGCCCCUCUAAAAUUGGUUGAAAACCAAUUUGGCACGUUAUGUUAUUACAAAGUCCGGUCGCCGAGCAGUCCGAGCACAUAGAAUUUCGUCCAAUGACCCCAAGCUACCCAUCCUUAUGGCUCUAAAAUAUUGCUGUCGCGCUGGCACUCACUGCGGCCGCCGCUCGUAUAAUUACGCGCGACCGAUAAGGAUGGGUAGCUUGGGGUCGUUGGACGAAAUUCUAUCUGCUCGGCGACCGGACUUUAGUAGUGCUAAAUUCAGUCAGUGCCUGAGGUAUGGAAGCGGCACGGGAGGGUGUUAUAGAUGACCCACGCUGAACUGUCCCACCAAACUCAAUGACAGGGGGGCGCUACCAUCAUUCAACUAUAUGGUUUCCAACAUGGCAAAAAUCGGAACCAGCGAUCCGGUAUUGACGGUGGCGCCCCGCUGUCAAUGUCAUGGAUAGGACAGUUCAGUAUUUUGGAACUAUAUUGUGCUGUCAAAUGUCAGCGACACUUCAGAUCUCGUUCAAAUUUGUAUGUUCUAUAACGUCAUAGUUCAACCACCCCUCCCGUGCCUCUCCCAUACCUCAGGCAUUGACUGAGUUAAGCACUUAGACCUAUACAGGGUGUUAGGUAAAUGGGUAUAUGAGCCGACACUAGCCCAUGUUAACAUGGGCAUAUAAAUGGUAUGUUGAAGUCAGAAAUUUGAUAUCUUCAUUUUAAUUAUUUUAAUUUUCAUACAAAAUAAAUUUUAUAAAAUCCGAUUUGUAUGAAAAUUAAAAUAAUUAAAAUGAAGAUAUAAAUUUUCUGACUUCACCAUACCAUUUAUAUGACCAUGUUAACAUAGGCUAGUGUCGGCUCAUAUACCCAUUUACCUAACACCCUGUAUAAUUAUCCUGGAUUGAAAUGAAAUAUUCAACUUCUGUAUAUGUUUCUGAAGUCCAUACAUAGUUGUUGACCACCAUUGAUGAAAGUUGUCUGUACUAAAGUAUAUUUUUGAUAAGAAAAUUUUGUUCGUCUAUUUCUUCUUUCAUAUAAAGUCAGCGUCAAAUAGUUCGUGACCCCAAAGUAGCCAAAAAGUUCGCACGUCUUUGUUACAAUAGGGAUGAUGACUGGGUAAUGAAAUCGAAAUUCUACUUAGUCCGUCAGGCAGAUAAUAAAAAAAAUUUGGACACAUAUUUUUUAAUUUUUUUCAUAAUCGAAUAAUUACAGUAUUAUAUUGAGUUGAAAUGUCGCGUGACGUCACUUUUGAGUAAAAAAUCUACUCAAGCGUGACGUAACGCGCCAUUUCAACUCGAUGUAGCACUGUUAUUAUUUACUUAUGAAAGAAAAUGAAAAAUAUGAGUCUAAUAUUUUCUAAUUAUCUUUCUGACGGACAUAUAAUUGAAAUUUUGUCAUCUAGCCAAUGAGGGCUAUCGUUUUAGCGCUCACCAGUUAGCGCCACUGUAGAGUAAGGUCCUGUCACUUGCUAGUAGCGAAGACAGUGGCACCAACUGGUGAGCGCUAAAGUGGUAGGAGGACUAUCGCAUUUGCACUCAUCAAGAUGGCGCCACUGUAGAGUAAGGUCCUGUCAAUCGCCAGGGGUGCCAACUGUUAAGUAUAAAAACGAUAGCCCUCAUUGGAAUAAGGUUGUGUUGUCAACUUUUUGGCCACUUUGGGUGUCACGAACUAUUUGAUGCUGACUGUACUGCAAUCUGCUUUAAUAUUUAAUUUUAUACUAAGUUAGGGCUACAGAAUAUCGACAAUAUUUAUAUUUACGUUGUAGAAAAAUCUACGAUUAUAGUUCUUUCUUUAGGUAUUUUUUCAUAGGAAAUUUUUGUAUCUAAACUAUCAUGUAAAUUGUAUGUACAAUAUUUUGUAAAUAAAAAGAUAUAUGAAUUAAAUUAUGUACUAAAUUAUCUCUUUCUUUCUAUCUUUCAAUGUAAUUUUUUGUUCUUUACAAGUUUCUUUUUAUAUUUUUGUAAAAUGCGCGUUUUUGUAAAAUUACAAAAUGGUGGUUGACAUAUAAAUGUAGGUACAGAUAUUAUAAUUAAUUACAUAAUACUAUUAUGUGAUAGUAUUGGAAGUGCAUAAUAAUAUGUUCUUUAAAAUAUAUAAAAAGUAUUAUUAUA